AUGAUAUGUGAUGUUAAGUAUAGGAUCCUAAACUGUGUGGCGAAAUGGCCAGGAAGCGUGCAUGACAGUAGGAUAUUUAGAGACAGCCGUAUCUCUGUUGUCUUUGACAAUGGACAAUACAAAGGUUUCCUUCUUGGUGACUCAGGAUACCCCUGCAAGCCCUACCUUAUGACGCCAUAUCCUGUUCCCUCUACUCCAGCAGAAGUCAAAUUCAACAACUGCCAUGCUAAAACAAGAGUUCUCAUUGAACAGACUUUCGGAAUUCUUAAGAAACGAUUUUCAUGUUUGUCCACUGGCCUACGCACAACUCCAGACAAGGCAUGUAGUAUCACUUUGGCCCGUGCAGUCUUACACAACAUUGGUAUUGAAAGAAAUGAUAUCUUAGAUGUAAACGAAUUAUUUGUAAACCAGGAGGAUGUUAGUUUUGAUGUUGGGGAUCAAAGAGAUGGCAAACAUGUUAGAGAUUAUAUUUGUCAGGCAUUUUUUUCUUGA